AUUAUUCCAUUCGAUAUUAUUUUACAACCACAACCACCUAUAAAAUUACUAGCGAUCCUACAACACUUCUCACACAACUUCAAAUCUAUAAACAUGCCAAGGGCAACCCAGAAGCAAACCCUCAAAAGAUUACGUGUAGAAGAAGGAAAAAAAACUGACACAACAGUGGCGGACAGGCUUACAGACUUGCCGGAAUCCCUGCAACUUCACAUUCUCUCUUCUCUUGAAACCAAACACGCUUUUAAAACAUCAGUUCUAUCGAAAUCAUGGGCUUCUAAAUGGACUUGUGUCCCACUUCUCAACUUCAGUUCAUUUGGUUUCAAAAAACUCAACGAGUUCGAUAAGUUCGUUUUCAAUACAUUAUCUAUUCGUCGAUCCGCAAAGCUGGAGAAACUAACAUUCAGACGCCACGGAAUAUGCAGCGCCAAGAUUUUAAACAAAGUGUUCGAUUACGCGUUUUCAGGAGGGGUGAAAGAACUGGAUGUAAGCAUUAUACGGAGCAGGAAAGACAAGAGUUGGCCGAUAUUGGAACAUAUGACGUCGGAUUCAUUAACAAGUUUGAAACUAGACAGCAACAGUAACAUGGGCUGCUCGUUUUUGGGCCCAAGAUCAGGAGGAGCGUUUAACAAACUGACCAGUUUGUAUCUCAAAAGGGUGAUUAUUGGGGAUCUUGAUCCGUUCUCAGGGUUUCCCGCAUUGAAGAAGCUAACAUUGGUGAGUUGUAAUCUUCUUCAGACAGAUGGAACUACUAAUACUUUGAAUGUACAUGCUCCGCAACUUUUGGAGUUAACCAUCUCUGAUUACUAUGUCAAUUACCGCUGCCAACUCACGACUCCAAACCUUAGAUAUUUCAAUUGUCGAGGGUGUAAUUUCCCGCGGUUGCAGGGUGGUGGUCUUCCUGUUCUUGACACGGUGGUCAUCGAUUUCAUUGGCUCUUGUCGCGAAAACCAACGGAGGAAAACCUUUGAUGAUCUGAUGAUGUUGUUUAAUACUUUACAUAAUGCCAAAUCGCUUACGCUUUACUCGGCUGUUGUUCAACUGAUGACGUUUUUUCUGGAGGACUUGGCGAAACGAUGUUCGCCUUUUCAGGAGUUGAAGUGUUUGAAGAUGGAUUUUAGUCGGUUUCAUUAUCAAAGGUUGUUUGAAGGGGACUGCAGGUCAUUGGGUGAAUUGUUAAAAGUUGUUCCGAGUGUGAAGGGUUACUUGCUGAAGAAUUCACAUGAGGCAAAGUGCACCAUGGUGUAUCCUGAUUAUGAUGAUCCACUCCAAGAAUCUACAUGCUCAACCUCACAAGCUUCUAAAAGGUGCAAGUGUGUGCAAAUCAGUACUAUCAAACUUGAAGGAAAAUGAUGAAUCUCAAAACGUCCAUGGUAUAAUGAUAUGAUAUUUUUCUUGUUAGUAAC